CGCUGUCAGUGUGGGAAUCCCGGACUGGAGGAGAGCGCAGCCCCGGGGACAGCAGACACCGCCGGCUCCAGCACCGGAUCCUGCCCGGGAGCACAGAUCCGCCCGUUUGGCCGCGCGAGGAGACUGUCCGGAUUCUAUAAGACGUGGCUGUUCCCAAGCAUCAGGACUCUGCGACCAAACCAUGUCCAAGGUUCAGGAAACCAUCGUAUUGGAGGAAGAGGAAGAGGAGGAGGAAGACGCCUCCACCAGCUGCGGGACCGGCGACGAUGAGGAUGACGGCGAACCGAAAAUCUGCCGCGCUUGUGGCGACCGAGCUACGGGAUAUCAUUUCAAUGCCAUGACGUGUGAAGGCUGCAAGGGCUUCUUCAGACGCGCCAUGAAGCGUAGCCUGCGGCUCAGGUGCCCCUUCCAGAACACCUGUGUCAUCAACAAGAAUAACCGGCGGCACUGCCAGGCCUGCCGGCUGAAGAAAUGUCUGGACAUCGGGAUGAAGAAGGAGUUGAUCAUGUCUGACGAGGCCGUGGAGCUGCGACGCUCCCUCAUUAAGAAGAGGCAGAGCUUGUCCCAGAUCCUGACCUUCUCCCCUGUGUCCACCAUGACGGAGGAGCAGGAGGUGCUGGUGGGGCAGCUCACAGGCGCUCUGAAGAAGACCUUUGACAGCAGCUUCACUUACUUCAGGAACUACCGGCCCGCCAGGCGGCACGCGUAUACUCCGGGCCAGCUCCAGGAGUCCUCUGUCUUCUUGAUGUUGCCUCACAUUUCCGACCUGCUCACCUAUGUGAUCAAGGGCAUUAUAGAAUUUGCCAAAAUCAUCUCGUAUUUCAGGGAUUUGGAUAUCGAGGACCAGAUCGCUCUCCUGAAGGGCUGCGCCAUUGAGCUCUGCAUCAUCCGAUUUAACACCGUCUUCGACUACAGUACGCGAACCUGGUUGUGCGGACCACAACACUACGACGUUGAUGAUUUGGCGGCCGCCGGCUUCCGUCAGCUCUUCUUAGAGCCGCUGAUUCGAUUCCACUGUAUGCUGAAGAAGCUGUGCCUGCACGUCGAGGAGUACGCACUGAUGCAAGCCAUCGCCUUGUUCUCCACAGACCGGCCGGGCGUCAGCAACCGUGCAAAUAUCGAUAGGAUCCAGGAGCAUCUGGCGAUAACCCUCAUGGCUUAUAUCGGGAGCCAGCGGCCGCCAUCUCUGGAGAACAGGUUCCUUUUCGCCAAGAUCAUGGAGUGCCUGACGGAGCUGCGUUCCAUUAACGACGAGUACAGUAAGCAGAUUCUGCACAUCUGGGACAUUCAGCCGGACUACACCCCCCUGAUGCACGAGAUGUUCAGCAGAUUGUCUGAGUGACCCCCGCCCGCCACUCUCGGGGGCCCUACUGUAUUAACGGUGUCCGUCUGUUCGGUCAGUUAUGUUGUCGGUACGUUGUGUGCGUUGAUGUGAAGGGCCGCGCCCCCGACAGACGGAACCGCCGAAGCCGAACACUUUGUGUCAGAUGUGAAUUUUCGGAAAUUGCGGAGUUUCUAGUGAUCACGACAGGAGCCACGCGGCGACGCUCUCAGGACAUGACGCGAUCGGGGAAAUCUCCUCCUGCCUCUCGGGGGCGGCAGCCGCAUGGACGCUCCGUCUCCUCUUCAGGGAAUAAGCUACAACCAAUCACCUACCUAGGACCACCAGAGCUGACACUUCAAUGACUCCGCCCACAGCGGCAGGUGCCUGGAUACUUACGUCCCAUUGAUUUUAUUCUUCAGGAUGCUUUUUUUUUUCAGGUUGCAGGAGCUCAUUUGUCACCUCUGCCCCUGCUUAGUCAUGAUUGAACCAGAUCUUAUACUCUGGCCACUUCCAGAGCUGCGUUCACAAUAUUCCUGGCU